AUGUCUGGGGAUUAUAUAAGUAGUAAUAAUAGCGAUGAUAAAACAUUCCUUUAUUUAUUCGCAUUUCCUGACAAAAACUUUGAAUGCCCAGUAUCUGAUUAUUCAGAAUAUAUAAUCUAUUCUGAGUUUUUAAAUCAAGCAGGUCAUAUUAUUGGUUAUGGAGGAACAUUAUUUACUGUUGCUGUAUAUGGCCUUAAAUCUCAAUUUGGGUGGCGAAGCACUUUUUUUCUUGAUGAUUUUUUUAUAUUAGUCUUUUCAAUUUCUCCAAUUCUACCAUUUUAUAUAAUUGGUCAAUUUUUAUUAAAAAAUGAUACAUUUUAUUAUAAAAAUCAUGCUAUUUUUUUUCUUCUUUUAAUAUGGUUGUUUCUUGUUUGGUUAGUCGCUGCUAUAGUUUUUAAAUUUAACUUCCAACGUUCCUUUUUCAAAGAUAUUAGGGAUAAUUAUCUCUCCAAAAUACGUGGCUUUGUUUUAUACAUUAUUUUAUUUUAUGCUGUUGCCAUAACUACAUUUGAUAUUGUUGAUGUUAAACAUUAUAAUCAUGUCGAAUGGUUGGAAUUUCUUAAUUUAGAAUCAUUAAAUUUAUUUGCUGAUGUUGUUAAUUUCGCAUUAGCAAUUUACUUAAUUUGGUAUUAUCAUAUACUUAAACCUGGUGGCAUUCCUCGUCGUGCAUUUUUUAUUGCCUUAUUUGUAUUACAAGUUCAAUUAUUCUUUUCAUAUGCUUAUCUUUGUACUCUUCCUAUUGUAGAUUCUUUUUUUGAUUUUAUUCUUGGGGUAAUUUUAUCAAGAACUAUUUCUUCUUUCUUUAGUAAAGAUGAUUUUGAGGGUUUUUUAAUGGAGGUUCAAGAUAAAAAUUGUAAAGUAAACGAAUCAAUUGAAGGUAUUCGAAUGCAACAUGAUGAAGAUGAAGCUGUGAAGGAUUUUGAAACUGUCGCGAUUAGUGAAAAUGAAAAGGAUGAUGAUGUUACUCCUGUCGCACAAACUAAAGUUGGAAUCUUUAAAAAAAUUAUUGCUCUUUUCUUUUUUCUCAAUAUUGAAAAUGGAAAAUUGGUGUAUAAAAUUGACAAAGUUAGAUUCUUGGGUGUACAACAUUUAAAUAUAAAGGAAAGUAUGGAUAUUUUUGUUGAGCAUGGCUUUUUAAAAAUAGAAACUGGUCAAAUAAUAUAUGUCGGAAAAAAUAAUCUUAAAAGGUGCAUUAAUUUAACUGAUCAUUGGCCACUAAAGAUUGAAUAUGAUAAAGUUUAUGUCCAAUCUCCUCAUGGACAAUCUUUUAUUGACUUGACUGGUCACAAAUUUUUUGAAAUCAAUCGUGGUAAAAUUAUGCAUAUGGAAAAUGAUAGGAUCAAAGAAGUUAUUGAUAUAGUCAAUCAUGGUUUAUUGAAAAUUGUGAAAUUUGAUUCUGGCUUUAAAGUUGUUUAUAUGAAAACUCCUAAUGCCACAAGAUUUAUUGAUUUAACUGAACAUGGCUUGUUGAAUUAUAUAGUUUAUUCUCAUAGAAGACAUAGAAGACGUUAUAUUUUUGAUUUUUAA